AUGUCUUCUGGCCGCGGCAGAGGGCUUCGCGGCGGCGGAAGAGGUGGCCGUGGCGGUAAGGCUGCUCAGUCUACUCAGCCCAAUCAAUCUCUCGCCCUGAGACUGGCAUCCGCUAAGCCGGUACAAGAUAUGCGUGUCAAAGAGGUGGAAGACCAAAUUCAAGAAUCUAUCAAAUCAGCCAAAACCACCGAUCUCUCCACUCUUCCACUACGUCCUGGAUACGGCACAAAAGGAAUGCAGAUACUCUUAUGGACGAAUCAUUUCGAACUGACGGGAUUGGGUGACCUUGCUGUGUACCGUUACGCAGUCGACGUGGCACCGGACCGGAAUGGACGUGCUCCAGGCAGAAAGAGACAACGACGAAUUGUCCAGCUCAUGAUAGAGGAUCAUUUCGCCGACCAGAAGCUCAACAUCACAACGGAUUUUUCCUCUAAUAUGAUCAGCAACAUCUCUCUGAAACUACAGAACCCUUAUCAAGUACAGUACCGGGAGGAAGGUGACGAUGUGCAAGCCAAUGCCGUAGUGUACCAGGUGUCGGUACAGCCAACAGGAGUCAUGCAACUGUCGGAUCUGCUGGGUUAUGUCACGUCUACCUCAGGUACAGCUGCUCUUGAUUCCAAAGAAGAACUCCUCCACAUCCUCAAUAUCAUCAUUGGCCACUAUCCCAAAGCAGUGCCUGAGAUCACCUUGGUGGGAGCGAACAAGUACUACAGCAUAGAACAACAAUCGACAGCGUUUGCGGGGACACCCUUGGGUGCCGGCCUCAAUGCCAUGCGAGGUCUGUUUACUAGUGCUCGAGCCGCCACUGCUCGGAUCCUGAUCAACGCACAAAUCAAACACUGCGCAUUCUACGAGGCUGGGCCCUUGGACAUGUUGAUUACCAACUAUCAGAAUGCCAAUGGUCCCAACAAAGCAAAGUUGGAGGCAUUCUUGAAGAAGCUCACAGUCAACACAACUCAUCUCAAGAGACGAAACCGAGCAGGUCAAGAAGUGUUCCGCAUGAGACAGAUUCAAGCACUCGCUUCACCUCGUGAUGGCGAAGGACAAGCUCAUCGACCGCUGGUGUCAGAACAUGGGGCAGGUCCGAUGAAUGUCAAAUUCUGGUUAGAGGACGAGAACACCUAUAUCUCUGUGUUUGACUUCUUCAAAAAAGCAUACAACAUCGUCAUCAAGAACACGAAAAUGCCUGUCCUCAAUGUUGGAAAUAAACAGAAGCCGGUUUACAUCCCAGCUCAAGUUUGCCAGGUGCCCGAGGGACAGCACGCUUCCACCAAAUUGAGUCCAAGGCAGACCUCAGCCAUGAUCGGCUUCGCCGUGAGACCUCCCACAGAGAAUAAAGAUUGGAUAGCCCACUCUGGCGCGAGCCUCGUCGGUCUCGUACCCGCAAAUCAGACCCUGAACGCAUUUGGUCUCAAGGUUAGUCCGGAGUUGCUUGCAGUUCCAGCACGCAUACUCGAUGGUCCCAAAGUUAUGUAUUCUGGGAAUAAGCAGAUCAUCCCUUCCUUCGGAAGUUGGAAUCUCAGACAGGUGCGUUUUUCUGGCUCGGCCCAAUUGACCAAUUGGACAUACCUGAGCAUUCACAUGGGCGGUCGGCCGCUUCCAUGGGCAAACCAAGACAAGCUCAAACAGGCCGUUGGCAAGUUCGAGGCGAAGAUGAGAGAGGUAGGUAUGAGAGUGAGUCCGGCAGCGGGGGGGCUAUCAAUAUCCGUGACGCCAGCCACUGCAGAAAGCGAAAUCAAUCGUGCCAUCAACAUCUUCACGGGGACCAAUAAUCGACCGCCGCCGCAGUUGAUCCUGGUGUUUCUGCCAAACAAAGACACGGCCAUCUACAACCAGGUCAAAUACACUUGCGACGUCAAGGCGGGCUUGCUGAAUGUCUGCGUCACCGAGAAAUUCUUUAAUGACAACAACGACCAGUAUUUUGCCAAUGUGUGCCUCAAGGUCAACCUGAAGCUCGGCGGGCGAAACCACAGCCUCGAAAGUCACAAACUCGGCAUCAUUGCAGAGGGAAAAACCAUGGUUGUCGGACUCGACGUUACCCAUCCAUCGCCCGGGUCAGCGCCGAACGCUCCAAGCGUGGCAGCCGUCGUCGCGUCGGUCGAUCGAAUGCUCGGGCAGUUCCCCGCGGAACUGCUCAUCCUCCCACGACGGAAAGAGAUGAUCACGGGCCUGAAGGAGAUGAUCAAGACGCGGCUGGUGCUGUGGCAGAAGCACAACGGAAGCCUCCCGGACAACAUCCUGGUGUACCGCGACGGGGUCUCGGAGGGCGAAUACGCCAAGGUUCUCGGGCAGGAGGUGCCCCUGUUUCGCGAAGCCGGCAAGGACCUGUACCCUGCCGACCGGACCAAGGCGGGCUUCCCUCGCAUCACCGUCAUCGUCGUCGGCAAGCGCCACCACACCCGCUUCUACCCUACCAGACCCGACGACGGCGACCGCAACAUGAACCCCAAGAACGGCACCGUCGUCGACCGCGGCGUCACCGAGGCCCGCAACUGGGACUUUUUCCUCCUGGCCCACACCGCCGUCAAGGGCACCGCCCGUCCCGCACACUACUACAUCGUGCUCGACGAGAUCUUUCGCAGAGCAGCUGCCCCUGGAGGCGGAGCCGGAGCCGGAGCCGGAAGAGGGAGAGGAAGAGGAAGAGGAACUGGAGGUACGGCCGGUGGUGCGGUCGGCAGCACGACGAGACAACAGCAGGCCCAACCCCAGAACGUCGCCGACGUCGUCGAAGACCUCACCCACAGUCUCUGCUACACCUUCGGUCGCGCCACCAAGGCCGUCAGUAUUUGCCCGCCCGCCUACUACGCCGACCUUGCCUGUGAGCGAGCGAGGUGCUACCUGAGCCAGUUCUUCGACCCCGAUUCCGUCGAGAGGAGUUCGACAACCUCGACCACCGGCACCGGUGCCGAACCGGACAAGACGCCGCUGGGUGUUCACGAGAAUGUCAAGAAUGCCAUGUUCUACAUCUGA